AUGCCUAAACGGUGUGCAUUGGGAUGUUCAAACAAGACUUCCUAUCAUCAAUUUCCACAUCCAGAAAAGAAUCCUGACCGUUUCAAGGCUUGGGUUCAUAUAGCUGGUGGGAAGUUAGAUAGUCCUGCUGAUUAUGAACUGUAUAGAAAGAAGGUCAUCUGUGAUAUCCAUUUUACAGACAGGGAUAGAAACCGUAAUAACCGGUUGAAUUUUCUAGCUGUGCCAUCACUUCAUCUUCCUGGCAAGUCUGAUGAAGUUGUUACUUCAGAGAAAAUUUUACUUGUACCUGAACCUGUGAAUGUAGAAAGCAGCCUUGCUGCAUUAAAACCGACACUAACAGGCAAGUCUAACGAUGAUGAUACUUCAGAGAAAGUUUUACUAAUACCUGAACCUGUGAAUAAAGAAAACAGCCUUGCUACAUUAAAAUCAACACAUCAUAUGUACUGUCUGUGA